UAGCCACACCCACCAGAUUAGGGCAGCCAAAUUUCUCCCACUUUUGUGCGCAAGUGACUUCCUUCGGUUGUUGAACCUUGCACCCCAGCUUCUUCAGACUCAGUCAUCGUCAGUCGGAGCCCAAAUCCAUCACAAUGGCCAAGUCCAAGAACUCGUCUCAGCACAACCAGUCGCGCAAGGCGCACCGGAACGGCAUCAAGAAGCCCAAGACCCAGAGGUACCCAUCCCUCAAGGGUACCGAUCCCAAGUUCCGGAGAAACCACAGGCAUGCGCUCCACGGCACCGCUAAGGCUAUCAAAGAGUUCAAGGAGGGCAAGAGGGAGACCUGCUAAAUUUUAUUCUUGUUUGCUGGCGGCGCACGCGAUACGGUUGGAGAGGACACAUCUUCGGGCAUGUCCUUGACGAAGAAGGGAUUCUAGGCGGCGACGAUAUUUUUUUCUCUGCCCCGCCGAUUACUGGGCCGGUUGUUCGAGGUGUUAUUUAGGGCGUCAUUUCGAUCAACCCAAACGGAAUGCAUACGACCUCCGCGCAGAGAAGCGGAUCUGCCGGGGUGCUACCCUCUUCCCGAUUGCGGGCACAGCUCGAUUGGGGCCGGACCGGCCCAAGCAAGACUGUCAAGGUUUGUGAUGCUGAUUGUGUGUCGAGCGACUGAGGGCGACAAGCCCGACAUCCUUCCUUUGCGUUGCACUUUUCAAUCGUUUCUGAGUGCUUUCUCUCUUUGGGGCAUCAUGACAGCGAAAAUAAACGGCAUUAGUGUGUACAGCUCUGAGCUUCUUCCCAUGCUCAUUCUGCUGAAGGAUUAUAUCGUGCCAAGAUGGACCUGCCUCACUAUUACCAA